CCCUACAAUCAACACAUGCGGUACAGUCACUUACAACACACGUCACGUCUUAUAUCGGUUGGAUUUCGAACCAGGUUAGGACUUCAAGUAAUAAUCAGAUUUUAAGGAAUCAUGGAUGAAAGUUUACAGUCUUCACUAUCAGAAGAGGAUUCAUUAAACAAAGAGCAAUCUUUACCUGAGGAAAACAAUGAACCCAGAACAACACAUCAGUCUGAACAGGUGGAGGAUACAACACAGGUGGAGUCAUCACUGUGUGGAGGAGAGGAGUUAACCCUCAUCACAGAAAGCAUGUCUAUCACCUCAUCUGAUGAAGAGAAACUUCAACUCCUCAACAAAAACACUGAACUCCGCCGACUCAACAAAGAGCUGAUGAAACUGAAUGAGGAGUGGGAUCAUAUCUAUCACAGCACAAGUAUUGGUCUCCAGCAGCGUGUAUCAGCUCUUGAAGAGGAGAGCUCAUCCCUAAAACAGCUUAACAGCAGACUUCUCCUCAAAGUCGAACAUGAACAGAAUAAGAGGGAGUAUUACGAGCACACGUUAAUGCAGGAACUGAAGAAGAACCAGCACCUUCAGGAGUACAUCAGACUGCUGGAGAGUCGCCUGCACCAGACUGACAUCAACCAAUGGACUUUAGGGACACAAAAGAUCACAGAUGUUGCUGCUAAGCCUUCUGUAGAUGUGCGGUCCACUUCUGGGCUUUCUGUGUCCACAAGUACAAAAUCCGGGCGUAGACUGUCUGGCAUUGGACAGGAGAAUGACAGCAAUGCCGGGAGAGAAGUGCGGGAUCUUAAGGAACAGCUGGAGGCUCUGCGGUGUCAGACAAAAAUUUAUGAGGCUGAUUAUAAAACUGAACAGAAGGAUCACGCGCGUAUGCUGCAGGAGAAUAAGAGGCUGCGGCGCAGAGAGGGAGAGAUGCGUCAACAGAUGGCGCUGUUGCACGAGCAGCUAAAGGUGUAUGAAGAUGACUUUCAGAAAGAGCAUUCAGACAAGCGCAUUCUCCAGAAGUUGUUGAUGAAUAAAACACCUGCCAUUAAAGAUCCCAUCCUGGUACAUCGCUGCAAUAAUGAUCAAGAUGUUUGCAGAACAGAGAGAAGAAAACAGAAAGAAGAGCGACGGGUCGGACACGUCUGUCCAAAACAUUGUGAACAUCACAGGCAGCUGGACUUUCCCUGAACAAAAACUCAUUAAAGCAUUAUUUUUGUACGACCAAAAUAAACUAAUAUAUUUAUUUUUUAAUUUUUGUGUUAGAUUGAUCAAAAUAUACUUAUUUUUGUAAUAUUUUGCACUAGAAUUGCAUGUGAACAGUAAAUGAAAAUUUCAACAGCCAUUGGAUCAGCCCAGUGACUGAGAAGAUGAAACUCAAACAUGACACGUCAAACAAUACUUUACAUGUGAAAACUCUGUUAUCUUAAUAAGCUCUUUCAUUGAUAUGCUGUUUAUUUACUUUGAUGCUGAGUUACUGAGUACAUGAGAUAUAAAAUAUAGUCCCAGACCUUUAAGUCUUUGGUUAAUCAUUUAUGAUCUAAUACAAUUUAACCAAAACAAAUAACCAUAGUGUUAAUGUCAUUUUAAAGACUUUAAUGACAUAUAUAAAGUAUUACUAAGAGGAAACAUGAAGAAGUUAUUACUGCUUUGACCGUAAGGAAAGAACAGAAGAAUCAAGUUUCUGCACUGAGGCCAUUCAGAAUGAUUAACUGGGUUUUUCCAGGGUAUGUGCUCACUAUUGUUAUGUUAUAUAUUCACACAUAUAGGCCAUUUAGAUUAUAACUGGUUAGAAUUGUCCCAUAAUAUUAAUAGCACUUUUAUAUUAGUCACAAAUUAAUCACAAAUAGCACUAUAUCAAUAUUUGCAUUAUUCUUACACUAAAUAAAACAUUGGAUUAGGAUAAAACAAAAAUAUAGACAUGUUCAAUAUAUAUAUAUUUUUUAUUAUGAUAUCAUUAAAGAUACUUCUACUGGUGGUUGAAGUGUUUAAAAUAUACAUUGUGUUUCGUCAAGUGUUUAUAUAAUACUAUAGUGUAUGUGUCUGAAUGAAUACAGUUUUGACACAUUAGCACAUCCAUGAUGAGCAAUAUGAAACUGCUGGGCGAUGUCAAAUAUUUUCAUUGUUUGUUUCUUUGUGUUACUGAAUAGAGGCAUUUUCACCAAGGGAAUUCUUUUAUGUGACUUCCUUAAAAAAAUCAAACAAUUUUAACACAAAGUGAUAACAUCAUAAAAAAAGGGUAAGAAAUACAAUCUUUUUCCUGGAGGCUUAAAUAAAUAUGUGAUGAUGUUUCAUUGGAGGAGGAGCCUAAUCUAUGCAUAUUAUAAACAGCACAAUUCCCCUGAAAGCCACAGCUUUAGCAGAAGCAGGUAUUUUUUUUGACUUG